GUUAUGGUGUUUACAGACUGUUUACGCGUUUUCGCUCGUUUCGGUUGAUUAAUAACAUCGAACAUUAUAUAUAUUCUAUAUUCGAAUAUUUCUAAUAUUGUACCGAUAUAAUAUUGUUAUAUUUUUUUUAGUAAUAAUAUUAUUAUUGUGUUAUUACACUGUGUACACCAUCGAAGGCAUCUCGCACGCACCUAAAUUUCCAUAGUCGUUGACUUGUGGUCGCUGUUGUCACUCGCCGAAUUCGCCAUCUACGCCACGCCGAGAAUCGCUGCUCCGACACAGACACAACUGCCGUCAUAAUCGUCAUAAAUACUCAUCUUGUCCUGUGCACCACACGGACACGCUCCAAAAUGUUACUUAUGUCAGUAAAAGAAAUGGAUACCAUUCAGUCUUCAUCUUGUGAAAAUAAUUUAAAGCAUGUUCUGACAUCCAAAGAAUGUGAACCAACAAUUUUUAGAAAUAACUGUCACUCUGCCGGAAUACUGGAAGAUUUACAAUCUCUACGCAAAAAUGAAGUUUUAUGUGAUGUUAGAUUUGAAGCAGAUGAUGGUAAAAUUGUAAUUGGACAUAAAAUUGUUUUAAUAGCAGCUAGUCCAUAUUUCCGUGCAAUGUUUAGUAAUUUUGAUGAAAGCAAUAAAGAUCUUAUUAAUAUAAGAUCAUUGGAUUCCACUAUUUUACAACUAUUAGUAGAUUAUAUCUAUACUGGAGAAAUUUUGAUCACAAAAGAAAAUGUACAGGUGUUGUUACCAGCUGCAAAUGUAUUGCAGUUACAUUAUGUAAAUGGUGCAUGUGCUGUGUUUUUACAAAAAACACUGGAUCCAUCUAAUUGUUUUAGUAUCAGAGCUUUUGCAGACUUACAUAACUGUACAGAUUUGUUGCUGAGUUCUGAAGCAUAUAUCAAACAACAUUUUUUAGAAGUGGUUAAAAGCGAAGAAUUUCUAUCUAUAUCUUCUGAAGAUUUGGUGAAGCUUAUUUCCUGUAAUGAUCUUGCUGUGCUUUUCGAAGAAAAAGUAUUUGAAUGUGUUAUUAAAUGGGUAAAACAUGAUUUGAAUCAGAGAAAAGAUUUUUUGCCAGAAUUAAUGGAACAUGUACGUUUGCCUUUAUUAGCAUCAAGGCCUGAUGUAUUAAAUAAUGUAAUCGAAGAACCUCUUCUAAAGAAUAGUCCUAAAUGUAAAGAUUAUGUGAUUGAGGGAAUACGAUUUAAUCUACUUAAGUCAGUUCAGCAUUUCACCAUUCCUCAAACAAUUCGGUGUAAACCCAGACAGUUUGGUAAUUCAAAAAAAGUUAUUCUAAUGUUCAAUCAACGAUUAGAAAUAUCGCCUAAGUGUUAUACAGAAUGGUAUGACCCAGCAACCCAACUACGAGAGAAUGCACCAGGUAUAAAUGAUUGUCGUAAGACAGCUGGCUUUGGCGUAAUAAGUGAUCAAUUUGUGUUUGUUAUGGGGGGUGUAAAUGGAUCAAGUUCAAAAUCUGUUAGUAUGCUUGAUGUAUUUUCACAAUCGCCCUCUUGGAUUCAAAUGGUCGAUAUGGAAGUGAAACGAAAAGAUUUAGGAGUUGGUGUAUUGGAUGAUUGUAUAUAUGCAGUUGGAGGACACGAUGACCACAAUGCUUUAAAUAGUGUAGAGGUAUUUGAUGUCAGUAAUCAAAAAUGGAGAAUGGUGUCUAGUAUGACAAUUGAGAGACAUGAUUUGGGCGUUGGUGUUCUCAAUAAUCGUCUAUACGCGGUUGGAGGUGCUGAUGAUAAUAUGUGUUUGAAAUCUGUGGAAUAUUAUGAUCCCACACUUGACACAUGGACACCAGUUGAAGAUAUGUCUGUAAGCCGUCAAGGUGUUAGUGUAGGAGUCUUGGACGGUCUUAUAUAUGCUAUUGGUGGCUAUAAUGGAAAGGAUCUUAAAAGUGUUGAGGUUUAUAGACCGAGUGAUGGAGUUUGGUCGUCUGUAGCUGAUAUGGAAAUAUGCCGAUUUCGUCCUGGAGUAGUAGUAUUAGAUGGUUUAUUGUUUGUUAUUGGUGGAGAAAUUGAAUCAUCUAUUGUUGAUACUGUAGAAAUUUACAACCCCAACACCAAUACUUGGACCACGAUGAGAUUGUCAAGAAAUGAAGUACAAAUUUAUGGUGGAGUAGUUGUUGAUAGACCACUUCAAUUUACUAACUAAGCUGCCUAAAUAAACUCAAACUUGCCUCAGGCGUCAGAAGAGCUUCUUAUGGGUCUGAUUAUACAGGACUUUGGACGUAAACUGGAAAAAAAAUCAACGAGAUUAUAAUAUUAUUAUAAUUUAUAGAAUAGUUAACAUAAUAUUACAGCAAGAUUACGUUUCUAUUAUUUAUUGUUGUGUUUAACAUAAUAUAUUAUAAUAAUAUUAUAUUGUUGAUAAUUAAACGACGACGACGGUCGAGUGUAUUUUCAAUUUUUUACUGGCAUAAUAUUAUAUUAUAGUUCUCUAGUCGGACGAUACACGCACGACCGAGCAAUUUGGAACUAUUUUAGGAGGCCUGCAAAACUAUAUAGCAGGCGACUUAGUAAAAUGUAAAAUUUUGAAUAUUAAAAACUUGUUCAAAUGACAGGCAGUAUCUAAUAAUUACUGUCGGGAUGGAUGGAUGGUUUUUGAACUGCCUAUAUUUAUAUUUAUACUGUAGCUACCUAUAUUCAAA